AUGUCAAGAGUUGCCAAUAGAGACCCCAAAGUGUCGAAAGUAUCAGCGCCAAAGGCAAAUCUGCCAUUAUCUACUGCGUCAUCUAGAAGUUCUGUAUCGAGUGCAAGAAAUUCAAAGCAUAGUCAUGUCUCACAACCAGCAGUUCAAGCCCCAAAAACUAUGCAACCGAAGAGCAGCUGUGGAAGUUCUAAAAUAUCUCGAAAUGACAUAAAACCUGCUCAUUCAGGAAAACCGAGUGCAAGACCUACUGUUCAGCUAGCCGGACGAAAUGUGGUCAAAUCAGUUCCAGAAAAGCAUUCAUCGGCCAAUAGAGAACUCCCUAAGCCUAGCAAAGCAGCUGAUGACUCACCUGUACUCCAAAAUGCUGCUGUUGCUUGUCCAGUAAGCAGUAGUGAUGGAUGUGCAAUGAAGCAUGCAGUUUCUGUCUCUCAAAAUGGUAAUUACAAUGUAAAUGACACUAAAACGGCGCAGAGCCAACCAGCAAAACCAUCUGGAUUGCGGAAGCCUUCCCCAUCUCUGAGAUACUUUGAGCAGUCAAAACCUUCGGGUUCACAGGACUCUGAACUGGGAAAUCUUCCUCUAUCUGGCACCCCAUCUCAUCAGAAGCCCCCACUACCUCCAAAAGAGAGAGCAGUACAUGCAAGUUCUGUGUAUGGUGCUUCACCUGUGCAAAUUAAAUUCAACUCGAACAGGAAUGAUGAACUAAACAAGCAAACGCAGGCUCUUCAUAAAGCUAAGAGUUGUGAUACAGUAGAUUGCCAACAGUUGUCACACAACGCGAAUGUUAUUGCUAAUCUGCAGUCUCAAGUUUGUGUGAAGUCUCAUGCUAUUGAAAACAUUUCUCCCACUGAGGAUAUUGGAUCAGGAAACAAUUCCUCUUUGUUUCUCCAAGAAAAUCCCAGCAUCGUUACAAAAGUGGAUAUUGGAACUCUUGCAGCAAAAACAAGCAUGAGCAGUAACCAGCAUGUUGAAGGUGCGGAAGGUAGUAGUGUAUCUGGAAGGGCUGGUAGUGCCAGUUUGGGGUAUCAGUAUGUUGAGGAUGCAGUGGAAAGCAGCGAUAUGCGUAAAGACCAGCUAAGUACCAUUCCUGAUGGUAACAAGAAGUCUAAGGAAAAUGGGCUAUUACAGCUAAAAAAUAAUGAUGAAGGUGGAGAUUACAGCAUUUUAAUGGAGGAUACAGUUAGUAAUAUUCAUAGUGGCCAGGUGGAUCAAUGUAGUAAUGACACAGCUGAAGGAAAUUAUACUGCAGAGAGCCAAAGGAUGUGGGUGAAUGAUGUUGCUUUAGCUGAGGGGAAAACCUCUUCCUCAACUGACGAUGCGAGUCUGAAAGUUGAAUCAAGUCCUGAAGAUUAUGACAUCCCGCUCAUUCUAGAUGCAGGCACAAAUGUUCCGAAUGGAGUUAAUGCUAAUGUGACGAAAUAUCCUGGGGAAGAUGCAGGCAUGCAGCCAUUAGAAGCUAGUCAAUGCGAUGAUAUUAAUAUCAGCAUGUCAGAAGCGGAACUUCCACUGAUCAUUAACUAUGAAGCUGACGGACAAAUGGAUAAAGCCGCGCUUUCUCCUGUUCCUUCGCGUCUUGCAGAUAGUAAUCUGUCUCUGGAUAGCAAGGGAGAAUUUUGUUUACCUGAUGCUAGUCAAUGUGAUGAUACUAAUAUCAGCAUGACAGAAUUGGAACUUCCACAGAUCAUUAACUGUGAAGCUGACGGACAAAUGGAUAAAGCUAGGCUUGCUCCAGUUCCUUCACAUCCUGCAGAUAGUAAUCUGUCUCUGGACAGCAAAGGAGAAAUUUGUUUACCUGAUGCUUGUUCACAUGGUGAAAGUCCCAGUCAGAUGCAACUAGACAAUUCUCGUUUGACAAACCUAGUUAGCCCUGAUUUGCAAGCUGAAGAUGCUUCUGGAGAUGUUGAUAAAAGCAAAGAUGUAACAGCAUGCACUGAGGCUUCUAGGCCAACUCUUUUGCAGGCUAAGAAAACAUAUGAUCACAGAGAUGAUCUUUCUCUUGCAGCUGAUCUGGAGAAUCAAACUCAGGAGACAUGCCGAAAUUCCUGGGAGUGCAAUAACGGCAGCACUAUUAAUGACUUCGCAACUGGUGAAAGUAGAAACGAUAAGCAUGGUCAAUCUCAAUUAGAAGUCAUGAAUCUAGACGGUGAAUUUGCAUGCGACCAACAUAUGAUUGAUGAAACACUUGAAGGAGAUGCUGAGAUUCUGGAAUGCGAUGGCCUUACUUCUGCUGAUAUAAGCAAAGUAAUCACGCAUAAAGCAUCCUAUGUAAACAAUUCAUCUGAUCAAUCUCAAACAGAAGCUGUAUCACCUGGAAAUGAAUUUUCCCGGGACCAGCAUCUGAUUGAGGAAACAAAGAUGGAAGAUGCAGAGGUGCAGGACUGUGAUGGCGGUUCUUUUGUCAAUACCAUCAAUGUCACCAACUUCCAAAUUCCUGGACGAUCUGAAGAAAACAUCAAGUGUGGUCAAUCUCAAUGGAAUGCCAUGAGACCAGCAACAAUUGGGGAAACGAUUAUGGAAGAGGAUGUAGAGGUGCAGGACUGUGAUGACAGUUCGUUUGUCUAUAUCAGCAAUGUGAUCACCUCUCAGGGGCAUAAAGAAUCCGAAGACCAUAUCAAGCAGUCAAAGUCAGAUAAUUUAAUAGAAGAAGUCCCUUUGGAUAUUCGUGACUCGUGUUUAAGACCCAGCUUGCUGCUCCGAGGCAUUUGUUCUGCUGAUGAUAGAGAUGCUUCUUGGGAUACUAGUGUUGGCUCUCCAGAGUUUAAAGAUCCAAUUCCAGAGGAGGUUAAGAACCCAGGGAGCCUUUUCGUAGAUGACAAAUCACGGAGAUCAAGUGACAUUCAGCAGUCCUCUGAGAACAACAUUCUGGCUAGACUAAAGGAUAAUUGCUGCAUGCAUGGCGAUCAGGUCAGCCAACAAAUUACAAAAUCUGUCUCUCCUUUGAGAAACAGCGAUCAUGAGAUUCAAGAGGCAGCGAGUACCAGCGAUUCUAGUAGCACCGUAAAGGAAAAGCCAACGUCACAAGUAAAUCCUAGUGACAGUGUAAGUGAAAGUAUGGUCCAGGAUAUGGACGUUGAAUCCUCUGAGGAGGAUGACACUUUUCUGGAGGUGGACAAAAGACCUGAUAUUCAUGACAGUGCAUUCCAGCCUGACAUAGAGUUGGAUACUCUGACGUGCAGCAUCGAGACUGUGGAUGAGAAGAAGAAGAAGAAGGAAGCUGAUGCACCUGCUGCAAUCAAACUCCCGCCAGAUGCUGCACCAUUCUCCGAGGAAUGGUUAGCUGCGAUCGAAGCUGCAGGAGAGGAAAUUUUGACAAAGAAGAGUGGCGCUGUUCAACAUUCACCUCCUGAAAAAACUCAACCUGAACCAGGUCCCUGGUCCCCGGUGAAGAAGAGGAAAAAUCAGGAAAUCGGACCAUUUGACUGUACAAAAUAUACUAACAAGAGCGAACCUUAG